AUGUCUAGCCCAAAGGAUGAGGGGUCGGGUGUCCCCGCUGGCAGUCGGGGUUCCUGGUCGUCGUUCUUGAAGUCAAUCGCCUCUUUUAACGGCGAUCUCUCCUCCCUAACCGCUCCGCCCUUUAUCCUCUCCGCCACCUCCCUCGUCGAAUACUCCGCUUACUGGGCCGAGCAUCCAAAGAUCUUUGUUGCACCAGCCAAAGAGCCCGAUCCCGAGAAACGUGCCCUCCUUGUGUUAAAAUGGUUCCUUAGCACGCUCCAUCAGCAAUAUUGUAGCCGUAGCGAGAAGUUGGGUAGCGAGAAGAAGCCGCUAAAUCCGUUCUUGGGUGAGCUGUUUCUGGGGAAGUGGGAGGAUGAUGGCGACGUUGGAGAAACACGACUUGUUAGCGAGCAAGUAAGCCAUCAUCCACCUGUAACGGCUUAUGCAAUCGAGAAUGAGAAGCAUGGUGUGCAGCUACAAGGAUAUAACGCCCAGAAAGCUUCGUUCUCGAGUACCAUAAACGUGAAACAAAUCGGACAUGCCAUAUACUCCCUCACUCCGCUACCUACCACAGCCAACCCAUCCCCAGAACGGGAAACAUACCUCAUAACUCUCCCGUCACUGCACAUCGAAUCCCUAAUUUACGGAACCCCCUUCGUCGAGCUCAACCGACAUACUCAGAUCGUUAGUUCCACCGGCUACGUUGCCAAGAUCGAAUACUCGGGCAAAGGAUGGGAUCUGUACGAAUCACGAAGGGCAUGGAAGGACGUUGCAGCCGCGAUCGGCCGUGGUGACAUGGACGCCACCUCUGUUGCCAAAUCGAAGAUCGAAGUCGCCCAGCGCCAGCUGCGCAAGUUGGAGCGCGAAGAGGGCCGCGAGUGGGAAAGGCGGUUCUUCAAGCGCGUGGAGUCUGGCGAAGAUGAUCAGGUGUUUCUCAAAUUGGCGGAGAAGCUGGGCUGGGUGGAUUCCAAUGGCAAUAGCGGCCUGGAGUCCGAUAAGACAGGCGGGGUGUGGAGAUUUUUGCCUGAGGCGGCUAAGAAUGCGGCUCCGCCCUACCAUAAAGAUGGGGCCCGCGGUCUGGGAUUAGUGGCCGGCGAUAACUCAUCUGCAGUGGUUGAACAGGCUGCGGAAGCAACGGAGGUUGCGGAAGGCAGUUGA